GGGAGGAGGGAGGAGGAGAAGGAGGAGUGGGGACCGGGCGGGGGGUGGAGGAAGAGGCCUCGCGCAGAGGAGGGAGCAAUUGAAUUUCAAACACAAACAACUGCACGAGCGCGCACCCACCGCGCCGGAGCUUUGCCCCGAUCCGCGCCCGCCCCGUCCGUGCGGCGCGCGGGCGGAGACGCCGUGGCCGCGCCGGAGCUCGGGCCGGGGGCCACCAUCGAGGCGGGGGCCGCUCGAGGGCCGAAGCGGAGCGGCGCCGCCACCGCCGCACGCGCAAACUUGGGCUCGCGCUUCCCGGCCCGGCGCGGAGCCCGGGGCGCCCGGAGCCCCGCCAUGUCGCGAUCCAACCGGCAGAAGGAGUACAAAUGCGGGGACCUGGUGUUCGCCAAGAUGAAGGGUUACCCACACUGGCCGGCCCGGAUUGACGAGAUGCCCGAAGCUGCGGUGAAAUCAACAGCCAACAAAUACCAAGUCUUUUUUUUCGGGACCCACGAGACGGCAUUCCUGGGCCCCAAAGACCUCUUCCCUUACGAGGAAUCCAAGGAGAAGUUUGGCAAGCCCAACAAGAGGAAAGGAUUCAGCGAGGGGCUGUGGGAGAUCGAGAACAACCCUACCGUCAAGGCUUCUGGCUAUCAGUCCUCCCAGAAAAAGAGCUGCGUGGAAGAGCCUGAACCUGAGCCCGAAGCCACAGAGGGCGACAGCGAUAAGAAGGGGAGUGCGGAGGGCAGCAGCGACGAGGAAGGGAAGCUGGUCAUCGACGAGCCAGCCAAGGAGAAGAACGAGAAGGGAGCGCUGAAGAGGAGAGCGGGGGAUCUGCUGGAGGACUCUCCUAAACGUCCCAAGGAGGCAGAAAACCCCGAAGGGGAGGAGAAGGAGGCAGCCACUUUGGAGGGUGAGAGGCCCCUUCCUGUGGAGGUGGAAAAAAAUAGCACCCCCUCUGAGCCCGGCUCUGGCCGGGGGCCUCCCCAAGAGGAAGAGGAAGAGGAGGAAGAAGAGGAAGAGGCUGCCAAGGAAGAUGCUGAGGCCCCAGGCAUCAGAGAUCAUGACAGCCUGUAGCCACCAAUGUUUCUCAAGAGGAGCCCCCACCCUGUUCCUGCUGCUGUCUGGGUGCUACUGGGGAAACUGGCCAUGGCCUGCAAACUGGGAACCCCUUUUCCACCCCAGCCUGCUGUCCUCUUCCACUCACUUUUCCCGCUCCAAGCCCAGCCCAUGGAGAUUGACCUGGACCGAGCAGGCCACCUGGCCCACAACGCUGGGUCCCCAUACUCCUGUGAUCUGAGUCAGAGCCAUGUCUUCUGCUCCCUGGGAUGAGAUGAGGCCACUGUGUUCCUUGCGCUUGGAGCUAUUUUCCAGGCUUUUGCUGGGGCCUGGGCCAACUGUUCCCACCUCCUGACGACCUUCUUCCACUCUCCUAGGCAUUCUGGACCUCUGGGUUGGGAUCAGGGGUAGGAAUGGAAAAGAUGGAGCAUAAACAGCAGGGUGGGCUUGUGGGGCCUGGGAGGGGCAAUCCUCAAAUGGGGCGUGGGGGCAGCACAGGAGCGUGGCAUCUUCCUGAGCGCCUGUCCCCUGCUACACCUGUUAUCCCAGCUGCCUAGAUUCAGGGAAAGUGGGACGGCUUGUAGGGAAGAGACUCCCUUCCAUAAGUCCUUGAUGGUUGGCAGCACCCAUUUUUCCUUUUGUUGACCCCAAGAGUUGUGGGAGUUGUAGUUAAUCAUCAAAAGAUUUUGGGGCUUCCAAGUUGUCUGGGCCAAGGCCCUGAGACCUGAAGGGCUGGCUUUACCUAUUCGGGUGGGAAUGUUGAGCAUCUGUCCCCCUUUAGAACUCUGAAGCCAGAAUGGGAUGCUUGGGAAGACCCCUAGCUGCCCUUUUCCCUCUCCACACAGUGCUCAAGGCCAGCUUAUAGUCACAUAUAUCACCCAGACAUAAAGGAAAAGUCACAUUUUUUAGGAAAUGUUUUUAAUAAAAGAAAAUUACAAAAAAAAUUUUAAAGACCCCUAACCCCUUGUGUGCUUCCCAUUCUGCUCCUUCCUUCCCCAUCAUUGCCCCCAUUUCUGAGGUGCACUGGGAGGCUCCCCUUCUAUUUGGAGCUUGAUGACUUUCUUUUUGUAGCUGGGGCUUCGGUGUUCCUUCCAGUGUCAUUUCUCAUCCACAUGCCCUGACCUGGUCCCCUCAGUGUUGGCACCAGAUCCGAUUUGUAAUCCACUGAGAGGACAGAGGGAAAUAAGUGCCCCUUCCCACCCUCUUCCUAAUGAUCUCUCUCUGCCUCUCUUCAGUCUCUUGUCUCUUUUACCCUGACCCCUCUUCCUUGGGCUCUGAUGAAAAAUUGCUGACUGUAGCUUUGGAAGUUUAGCUCUGAGAACCGUAGAUGAUUUCAGUUCUAGGAAAAUAAAACCCGUUGAUUACUAA